UAGUUUAGCUUCCUUUCUGUAUUGGUCUUUCCUCUUUAGAGCCGGCAGUACUCUCGCUUGUCCCCUAAGCAUAUUCUCCAACAGACUCUUUUGGAUAUCGUUCAUCUCUAAAGUCCAUCCGUCGGGGAACAUGCGUUUCGUUAGCGAGGAUCUGGCUUUUGCCCAUAUAUGGGGGCUAGAGCCGGCCGACGAGCAGACCCCCUUAGCAGCCAGCUUCACGCCAUGGAGCGACGCCAAGAGGCUGGUCGACGGGGUGUUCCAAGUAGAAACCCUCCCCUUAACCUCAUCCCAACUCCAGAUCCUCAACUCGGUGGAUAAGAGUGACCUCUGGGCAUCAUAUACGUUCAAGCUACCUAAGCAUAUGAGCUUCAGCUUUGAUCGCCUCCGGAUGACCUGGCAAGCUCUGGCAGCUCACCACUCCAUCCUCCGCACAGUCAUUGAAUAUAAUGACAACGGCACAGCACCUACACACCAAGCCAUCCAUCAACACAUCAUACCCAUCGCGUUGGGCGUAUGGAAUCCUGUCGAGAAGAACAUCCCAUACCUAGUCUACGGCGAGGCUACCAGUAGCUUCCCCACCCUCACCUUGCACUUCAACCGAGCCCUCUUAGAUACGAGGUCGCUCCCCAUAAUCUGGCAUGACUUCAACUUGUUCUACCACGGCUACGGCUUUCCGGCUAGAGUCCCGUUCAGCUUCUACGCCACAAAAUCCUUGGCGAAGGGUGAACAGCUCUCAAUACAACAGGGCGAAACACCUCAAUAUGUCUCUCUUCCUCAACCUGACCCCAGCGUCCCCAUCAUCGCUACUUCUUCCGAUGGAGACCCCGGCCUUAUCAUGCAUCUCAUCCAGGCGCCGGAGAUCAACAUACAGGCGCUCCUUCGAGCAGCCUGGGCCUAUGUGCUUUCGCGACACGUGGGAACUGAGAGCGUAUCAUUCUACACGAACGUUAGAGACGGCUCCGCUGAGAGCGGUUCAGAAAUCAUUGGUCCCAUAGAAACGAUCGUUUCGUUCUCUUUGACCCUCGACCCCGGAGAGCCGAUACAUGAAUUGACGAGGCGGCUGGAAUCUGAUCUAAUGUAUAAUUCGCCUCUUGCCCGAAUCGACGCACAUAUUGGCGGAAUCGAUAAGCUUCAAGUUGGCUUCUACGUCACCGACUUGGACGUCCCAGGUUGUCGGUAUUCAGUCAAGGGGGCCCCGAUACAAGUUUCUGUCUGUCUGGCGGCGGCUCAGGCUACUAUGAUUCACCACCCAGCCAUAAACCCAUCUAAAGCUGACGUGAUUCUCGGGCAUUUUUGGGAGGCACUGAGGCAGCUUUCAGAUCCGUCACGGUUGCUGAGGGACGUGAACCUGGUAUCGGCUACCGAAAGGGCUAUACUUCUCAGCUUUGGUGCUGCCGCUUUCCAGUCUGUUGAACCUAGACUGGUGCACAGCAUGAUCGAGGAACAAGUUGCACACAAUGGCGAAGGGAUAGCUAUAGAGUCCGAGAGCGGUGAUGAGAAAAUCACCUUCUCCCAGCUUAACGCGAUCGCCAACCGCGUCGCUCGGCAGCUUCUUCCACUUUUGGGUCAGAGCAAAAUCGUCCCUGUUCAUAUGGAGGUGUCUGUCAAUUUUGUAGUGGCUCUGCUCGCGAUACUCAAAGCCGGCGCUGCCUACACCAUUCUCGAUCCCGCCCAGCCCGCGGCCCGAAAAUCUUACAUCAUAGAGGACGUGGGCGCCUCGUUUGUUCUCGUCGACAGGCUCGUCUCCAACCGCGGCCUUCCGCAGGUAUCAACUCUUGAUAUCGAAUCUCUGAUUCAGAGUGCUGCCGAGGAUUCCAAUCUGGAAUUGGAAAUCUCCCACGAGGCUACAGCAUAUGUCAUCUAUACCUCGGGGUCGACCGGUACCCCUAAGGGCGUUAUCCUGUCCCACCGAGCUGCCUCCGCCGGAAUUACCUGUGCGCCAACAAUUCCAGACAACCGGGUGUUGCUCUUCUAUAACCCGAUCUUUUCUGCGGCGCAAAGGACGAUACUGUCCACUAUCGCUCACGGCGGGUGCCUUUGUGUGGCAUCUCGGGCGAGGCUGCAGACCUCCCUCGCUGAUAUCGUCAAGAAGAUGGAAAUCACAACCUUAGGAAUCACCUCCUCCACGAUUGCGCUGGUGAACCCGCUAGACGUACCGAACCUGAAGCGAGUCACGCUAACGGGAGAGAGCUUGGAGCAAUCCGUAGUCGAUCGCUGGGCAGAUCGGGUUGACUUGCGCAAUAGCUAUGGGCUCAGCGAAUGCACACAGCUCAAUUUCGGGCGUACUAUGGAGUCGGGGGACAGAAACCCAAGCGUCGUUGGAGAGCCGACCGACACCACCGCAGCAUACAUCCUGGACCCGGAUACCCUGAAUCUCACGCCUCUCUCUGUUCCUGGGGAGCUUUGCUUGGAGGGGCCCCAACUAGCAACUGGGUAUUUGAACAAACCGGCCGCCACUGCAAAAUCCUUCAUCGACAGCCCCUUCAGGAAGGGUCUCAAGCUGUAUCGGACGGGUGAUUCGGCCAUUCGCCACGAAGACGGGUCUAUCGAAAUAAUUGGACGCAUCGAUUUCCAAACCAAGAUCAACGGGCAGAGGGUCGAGCCCGCGGAGAUCGCAAAGUUCAUUCGUAAGCAGGACGGCGUGACCAACGCCGUAGUCGUCGCUGCCAACGUGGAUGGCGAGAAGGUUUUAACCGCGUGCGUUGUGUCCCAAGCCGGGGCCGACUGGGCGGGCCUUGUUACAGAUCUCCGCACAGCAACAUCCGCGGCUAUGCCCCUUUACAUGGUACCGAAAUAUUGGCUCUCUUACGAUACACUGCCUCUCAACCACAACGGCAAGACAGACAUCUUGAAGAUUCGCUCCCAAAUCCAGAAAUUGGGUCGCCCAGAGCUUUUGCGAAGUUCCUCUCGAAAAGUCGAAAAGGUCGAAUUCUUGUCGGAGCAAGAGGAAACACUACAUGGUGUGGUGUCCAAAGUCCUUGACCUGGCAGUCGAUUCGGUUAGCACGCAGCACUCCUUCCUCGAACUCGGUGGUGAUUCUCUCAAGGGCCUUUCCGUUAUAGCAGCUCUCGUGGAGGUCGGAUGGGCCAUCGGCCUCGGAGAUUUAAUCCGUGCCGUGUCUUUGGCGCAAGCAGCGGAAACGAUGGUCCAAAGUGAAAUAGGUGACGGCGAGGAUGAUGUGGCAUUCAGUCUCCUCCCCAGUGACGCUAGAGUGGACAGAGAAAUCUACGAGGACGCUUAUCCGGCUUCUGAGUUGCAGUCCGGAAUCAUUUCCGCGAACGAAACUGUUGGUGGCUACGUUUACGAUCGAAUCUUCUCCAUCGCACAUCUCGACAUAUCACGACUCCGGAGAGCAUUCCAGGCAGUUAUCGACCUGAAUCCCAUAUAUCGAACCAGCUUUGUACCGAACGGAGUCACUAUUACCCAGGCCGUAAAUAAAAGUUUCGAGCUACCGUGGGAAUUCGUCGACGGCGUGGCGCUCGAUGAAUACAUUUCCAAGCCAAGGCACCCUUUUCUGAGUGUAGACAAGCCGGCCAUUCGCGCUACCGUCGUCAACAAUUCUCUGCUCAUCAUCAGUGUUCACCAUGCUCUUUUCGACUUUUGGUCCUCGAGAUUCUUGUUCGAGGAUGUAGCCGCCUACUAUCAGGAUCACACCGUUGCCCAGAGGGCACCGUUCAAGAACUUUAUGCGCUACUUGGGGAAGCAGGACCAAGACGGCAUGAAGACUUUUUGGGCAAGCUACCUCGACGGAGCUGUUGCAACACGCAUUGCUUCAGAACCGGCACAGGCCAAUGUUGCGAAGGCACGCAUUACUACUGACAUCCACGCCGCAUGCUUGAAGUUAGGCGUUUCUGUCGGCGUGCUUCUCUACUUUUCGUGGGCUAUUACACUCUGGAAGCACACGGGAAACACGGAUGUCACGUUCGCAAUCACACUUUCCGGUCGAGAUGUGCCAUUGAAGGGAAUACAAGACUUGAACGGGCCGACUCUUACCACUGCACCACUCAGGGUUCAGUUGGAUCCAGCCACGACUCUAGCAGAGGGCCUCAAGAAUAUGCGGGAUGCGGUUUGGACGGUAUCUGAAAAGUCGCAGUUCGGUUUAAGGAGGUCGCUUCAAGCCGCAGGGCAUUCUCCGGAUCUCUUCGAUACCCUCGUUAACUAUUUGGUAAGCAACCCGGCUAGCAGUCAUACGCAGGUUCUUCAUCCUUAUGGAGAGAAGCCAAUAUGGCAAACGGGUUAUACCUCGUUAGAGGUUCAAGAAAACACCAAGGGAUCGUUCGACCUUGGUCUCAGCAGCACCCUGGACCCCCUCAGAGCUCAAUUCAUAGUUGAUCAGGUCGUCAACAUACUGGACAUUGCCACCACAAAUAGCAACAAGAAACUAGAGGAGAUCAGCAUCAUCCCCGAGCCGGAGAGACGCUACCUCGACCUGCUCAGUCCCUCUAUCGAAGCAGUAAACGGUCUUCUACACAAAAAGUUCGAAAACAUUGCCGAAACCGAUGGAUCCCGAACUGCUAUAGAAUUCGAAAGUUCAGAGGUUGUUUCCUUCCGGGAAUUAAACGAGCGCGCAAAUCGAUUUGCCCACUUCCUCAAGGCCAAGGGUUUGGGCCCGGAUAGACUACUGCCGAUCUGCCUCCCUAAGUCUGUCGAAGCGAUAGUUUCUAUGCUCGCCGUGCUGAAGGCCGGAGGCGCAUUUGUCGUCCUGGAUCCGGACAAUCCGCCAGAGAGGAACAACUUCAUUGUCGAAGAUGUUUCAGCAACAAUGAUCCUAACGGACGAGAACCUGCGGAGCAUAUUCGACAACGAGGCCCACGGCGCCGAAGUCGUGGAUUUCUAUCGUAUUGAUGAGCUUCAAUUUCCGAGCUCCAAUCCCGACGAAGUGCAUACCCAGCCUGACAACUUGGCUUAUUGCAUUUACACCUCUGGCUCGACUGGCCUGCCCAAAGGAGUGUUGGUUCCGCACGGUGCGAUUUCUGCUGGAAUUGACAGCAUUGUUCACGCAGAAUCGUUUGAUCCCACCUGGAGGGUUCUGCAGUUCUCCAAUUUCGUCUUCGAUGUCUCAAUCGGGGAUGUCUUCUGCAGUCUUAGCACUGGAGCUACACUUUGCAUGGCGUCGAUGGAAUCGCUGUUGUCCAACUUGACACAAGUUGUCAACGACAUGAGGAUAAAUCGACUAUUCCUGACCCCGACCGUGGCAAAGCUGUUGCACCCUACCAAUGUACCAGGGGUUGAAGGGAUCUAUCUAGCGGGUGAGCCAGUUCCCCAGGACAUCGUCGAGAUAUGGUCGUCUCACUGUACGGUAAUGAACUGCUAUGGCCCGACCGAAGCGUCUAUCCUCGCCGCCGCCGGUUACAUAGCACCGGGGGCAAAUUCCAAAGUUAUCGGCCACCCUCUUCGCAACAUCCAAGCCCUUAUUCUCGAGCCCAAUAGCUUUAACGAAGUCCCUUACGGUGCUAUAGGCGAGCUAUGUCUUGCCGGACCUCAACUGGCCCGUGGCUACCUCAAUCGUCCCGAAGCAACCGAGAAGGCGUUCGUCACUCGGAACAAUGAGAAGGUCUACCGAACCGGUGACCUGGUCAGGUGGCUUCCUAAUCGGAGAAUCGAGUGUUUUGGCCGAAUUGACAGCCAGAUCAAAGUACACGGCCACCGCAUCGAACUCGGCGAAAUCGAAAGCGCAAUUCGAAGGGCAGGGUCGGUCCAUAACGCCAUUGUGAUCGUCCAGGAGGUCCAGAAUUCCCCGGCACUCAUCGCCUUCUGCGUGAUGGACCCGAGCAAAGAAGGGGGGGUGCUUCCACCUGAGGAAUACACGGAGACUCUGACAAGCCUUGAGAUCAAGUUAACAUCACUGCCUCCCUACAUGGUGCCGAAGAUCUGGAUCCCGGUGGGCACGCUCCCGCUACUUCCUUCCGGUAAAGCGGACCGCAAAAAGCUCAGCGCAUGGAUACGAGAUAUGGCACGCGAGACGCUUCAGCUCUACUCCGGCAUGGAGGACAGUGCCGAGUACGUGGAACCCGCCACGCCCGAGGAACAGGUUCUACAAGCACUCUGGUCCGAGCUCUUCAACAAGACACCGGAGGAUAUCAGCGCUACCAGCGCUUUCUUCGCCCACGGAGGAGAUUCCAUCUCUGCCAUAAACCUGGUCGGUCGGUGUAGAAACCGCGGGUUUUUGCUAGCGGUCAGCGAUGUGCUCGCGUUCCCCCUGUUGCAGGAUAUGGCGGGGCGGAUGAAGUCUCUCAAAAAGACUCAUGAGCACAUACCGACGGUUAGAAUUGGAGUGACGCCCGAAGUCUCGUCAGUCCUUUCCCGGGCUGGGCUGCAGGAGUCGGAUGUCGAGACCGUGCUUCCGGUUGUCCCUGGUAUCGAGGAUUUCCUGACCCGAGCAAAUCGAAAGGAGCAAUUCUGGAACUGCCAGACAGUAAGACCACUGCCAGAAGUUAUAGACUUUGACCUGUGGUUGAAGGUUACCACGGAGUUGACAGCCCGCAAUGAAAUCCUGCGAUCGAUGUGGUUUGAAGCAGACGGCUCAUGGAAGCAAGUGGUGCUCGCUAAACCAGUACUGGAUUUCAAGAUUCUCGAGUGCAGCACCAACGAGGAGAAACAGCGGCUCAUCGAUAGUACGUGGGACGAAGGCUUCGUGGUUGGGAAGCCUUUCAUCAAAUACCGACUCCUCACUCUCCCGGACGGGAGCCGCGACCUGCUCAUCCACAUCCAUCACGCAAUGUAUGACGGGACCCUCUUGCGCAUCUUCGACGAUGAGUUCAAAGCGCUUUACAAAGGUACCAAGCCGCCCUACACUGUCUCAUUCGGAGAAUAUGUAACAUACAUGGAUUCCACCGACCGUGAGAAAUCGUUGAGGUUCUGGACAGAGCUCCUGGACAACUCCCCCGAGCGAUUCCCUAACGUCGACAGCCCUUCUACCUCAGGGCUGGUGGUAAAGACUGCCGAUCGUCAAGUUGACUCUUUCGCCGCCGCGUCGGGUAUCACGGUCUCCAUCGUCUUUCAGACAGCCUUCUCGUUACUCCUGUGUCAACUGAGCGGCCGGCACGACGUCACAUAUGACAACCUCAUCACGGGCCGCAAUGUAGACAUGGAGGACGCCCAAACUAUCGCCGGGACAUGUGCCAAUUUCCUUCCCUUCCGCACAUCGUUCACUGCCGACACUGGAAUCCGGGACCUUUUGAAAGCAACACAAUCAUUAUUCUGGAAGACCACUGAGAACGGAAACGUCGGCUUGAACGACAUUUACAGGGCCCUGGGACAAGAGAGGGAUGCUGUGGCAUCUAGAGCACUGUUCUUGUUCCAGCCAUUCGACCAGCCGAUUCCAUCGAGCAGCAUAGUCGAAAAGAAUAUGAGGUGGAUGGUGAUGGCACUCUCAAAGGUCCGUAUGCCGAUGGACUACGCUCUCCACCUGGAGGUGUCCAAGACCGCAGCUGGGUACAACCUCAAAUUCAAGUACGACUCAACUGUUUACAGCGCAGUUGAUAUGGAGGGGGUAGCAGAUGCGUACGCUGGGCUGCUGGAAAGGAUCAUGGCCCACUCACGAAGCAAAGUUGUGACAAUUCUUUAGGGCGGCUACAUCACUGCCGUCUUCUUCUACGGUCACCACCUCUAUAGAUUUUUUUGUCCCUCAUUUCAGUCGUACUCAUGUUCCUCGACUCUCAGAUAGGCUCAGAUGACUCUGCUUCAGGUAUCACUGUCGCUACGAAGAAGAUAAAAGCAAAAUAUAGGA